CGCCUUGCUAGGGUCCUUUACGAUACCCGAGACCAACCUCAUGUCCCCGACCCGACGGCUCGCUCCUUGUUUUGAUCUGUAAUACGGUUUAUAUAACCUUCAUAACUUCGUCAUGGAUCCAGGUGCCGGUCCCCCUCCCGGUGGGUGUGUGGCGGUCGGCCCCGGCGGGCCGGAGGAGUUCACGGCGGUGAAGAGCAGGCGGAGCUCCAAGCGGAGACACGACCCGGGUAUGGACUGCGAGGCGGCGGUCAAACGGCCUCACUUCCCCCCGUUGUCCGGGGACAAGCUGAAGGGCGGUGCGGACGAGCUGCGGAAGGUGGCGGUCCCGGCCAACAGGUACACCCCCCUUAAAGAGAACUGGAUGAAGAUCUACACCCCCAUCGUGGAGAACCUCCAGCUGCAGGUUCGCUUCAACCUCAAGACCCGCAACGUGGAGAUCAAGACCUGUAAGGAUACUCUGGACAUCGGGGCGCUCACAAAGGCGUCAGACUUCGUCAAAGCCUUCGUGCUGGGCUUCCAGGUGGAGGACGCGCUGGCACUCAUCCGGUUAGAUGAACUCUUCCUGGAGUCUUUUGAUGUAACAGACGUGAAGCCCCUGAAAGGUGACCACCUCUCCCGAGCCGUGGGGAGGAUCGCCGGGACCGGCGGGAAAACCAAGUUCACCAUCGAGAACGUGACCAAGACCCGCAUCGUGCUGGCUGACACUAAGAUCCACCUGUUGGGAUCCUUCCAGAACAUCAAGAUGGCACGGACGGCCAUCUGCAACCUGAUCCUUGGAAGUCCACCUUCAAAGGUUUACGGGAACAUCAGGACGGUGGCCAGCCGGACAGCCGAGCGCUUCUGAUCCCCAAUUGGCUGAUCUCUGCAUCGUCCUCUUCUUGAUUGGCUGCUGGGAGGUUCUCCUUCCAGAUCAGACCGUUCUGACAUUUGGACCCGAGUCUGAAGACCCCCCCCCCCCCCCCCCCCCCCGGACUCUGUGGUUCACCGCCAUCAUCAUGGAAAUAGAUGUUGAUGGGACUGUUAUACCAAAGGCGAUGGGGAGAAGAUCAAAAAUGGCCACACAGUGUAUGCUCCUGUUUGGAAACAUAAGUUAAUGUAAAUAAAUGAAAGCCCCCUGAAUGAACUGUUGAAACAGGAUGUUGAUGAACACCAGUACUCGAAUAAACCGGAAACUCAUGAAGCUUUGUUCAUUCACUAGAGUCCUCCUUUAAUAUGAGAGCUCUCAUUGGGGCCACUCCGUUAUGUGAUAUAACAGGACCCAUGUGAUUGGCUCAUGUGAGACAGUUAGCUGUUAGCAUGGCUAGCAGACAUUAAGCCGGUUCACAGCGGUCUGUAGCCCACUUUGGACGUGAAGGACAAAAUAGUGGCGUAACAUUUCAAACUUUAUUUAAAUGUUUAUUUCCAACAGUCCCACAGCAUAGGAUGCAGCAUGCAGAAUAAAAUGAGAAACGGUCCUUUUAAGUCCCAUCUUUUUUCAGAUUCCACACAAACCGAACAGAUUCCCUCCGGGGACCCGGCGGGAACGCCGUCCACCAAUACUCGUCUUAUUUACAGAGGAAGAACCAAAGGUUCCCCCCGGCGGCGUGC